CUAAAAUACAUUUCCACGUAUAAUAAGAAAGAUUACUUUUUGUAGUAAGUUUCCACGUAUAAAAAAAACAAGACACAUUUAUUAUUAACUUGAUUAAGUUCUAAUAAAAAAAAAAAAAGGAAGAAGAAGAAGAAAGUCACAGAGAUCGAACAUGAUUCUCCACUUUCCACUUCUUUGUCUUCUUCUUUCUCCUUCUUUACUUACUUAACCCAUAAGCCAUCAAACCCCAAAACACAAACACAAACACAACAAUGUCUUCGUCUCCUCUCUUCUUCUUCUUCUUCCUCUCUGCCGUCGUCUCCGCCGUCAAAUUACCUCUCUCUUCCUUAUCCCACUCUGACGGCGCCUUACCUUCUAAAGAUCCUUACCUCUCACUCCGCCGUCUCGCCGAUUCCUCAAUCGCUAGAGCUCAUAAGAUCAAACAUGGCGCUUCUGUUAAACCCGACGACGACGCUCUCUCCUCCGCCUCCACAGCUUCCGCCACCGUCGUGAAAUCCCCUCUUUCCGCUAAAAGCUACGGCGGUUACUCGGUCUCACUAAGCUUUGGUACGCCGUCUCAAACCAUCCCGUUCGUUUUCGAUACCGGAAGCAGUCUCGUUUGGUUCCCUUGUACCUCGAGGUACCUCUGCUCCGGCUGCAGUUUCUCCGGUUUGGAUCCGACCCAAAUCCCUAGAUUUAUCCCCAAGAACUCUUCCUCUUCCCGGGUUAUCGGGUGUCAGAAUCCGAAAUGCCAGUUCCUAUUCGGAGCCAAUGUUCAAUGCAGAGGAUGUGACCCGAAUACCCGGAAUUGCACCGUCGCUUGUCCGCCGUACAUUCUCCAAUACGGAUUAGGAUCAACGGCUGGGAUUUUAUUAACCGAAACGCUUGAUUUCCCGGAUCUAAAGGUACCCGAUUUCGUAGUCGGAUGCUCAAUUAUCUCGACCCGACAACCCGCUGGUAUCGCCGGGUUUGGGAGAGGACCCGAAUCGAUUCCUUCUCAGAUGAAACUCAAAAGAUUCUCUCACUGUUUGGUUUCUCGUCGGUUCGACAAUACCAACGUAACCACCGAUCUCGACCUCGACACCGGGUCGGGUCAUAACUCCGGUUCGAAAACUCCGGGUCUUAGCUACACGCCGUUUAGAAAAAACCCCAAUGUCUCCAACGCAGCGUUUCUCGAGUACUACUACCUCAACCUCCGGCGAAUCUACGUCGGAAGCAAGCACGUGAAGGUUCCCUACAAGUUCCUAGCGCCGGGGAAGAACGGUAACGGAGGAUCCAUCGUCGAUUCCGGAUCCACAUUCACGUUCAUGGAGCGACCCGUUUUUACUCUCGUGGCCGAAGAAUUCGCGGCGCAGAUGUCGAAUUACACACGCGAGAAAGACUUGGAGAAGCUCACCGGACUCGGACCGUGUUUUAAUAUCGCCGGGAAAGGAGAUGUAUCGGUGCCGGAGCUGAUUUUCGAGUUUAAAGGAGGAGCGAAGAUGGAGCUGCCGAUAUCGAAUUACUUCUCGUUCGUCGGGAGCUCUGAGACCGUUUGCCUGACGGUGGUUUCCGAUAACACGGUGAAUCCCUCCGGCGGGACAGGUCCGGCGAUAAUACUGGGGAGUUUCCAGCAGCAGAACUAUUUGGUUGAAUACGAUUUGGAGAAUGACAGGUUUGGGUUCGCCAAGAAGAAGUGUACCCCUUGAGUAUUCAAGGGUAAAUUUGACUUUUACCAAGGAUCAAUUUUUAUGAUUUUUUUUUUGUGUUUUACGAAAUAAGAAAAAAAGAGGAUCUUAAAUGUUUAUAAAUCA